CCGCACGAGUCCACUCGGUUCGGCUUGACUCGGCUCGGCUUGGUUCGGCCCGACACGGCUCGCCUGGGAUCGGCUCGGUUUGGAUCGGCGCGACUCGGCUCGGGUGAUGGAAAACUUCACAACUCCUCAUGCCUGGAGCAGAACCGUCAACACCUCCUGGGUCACAAGCGGCACGAGAGACAACACAUACAAGUGCCUAUUUGAUGAGGACUUCAAGUACGUCCUGCUGCCUGUCUCCUAUGGCAUCGUGUGCGUGGUGGGGCUCUUCCUCAACCUGCUGGCCCUCUAUGCCUUCAUCUUCAGGAUCAAGACAUGGAACGCCUCCACCACGUACAUGUUCAACCUGGCCGUGUCCGACACGCUCUAYGUGGUCUCCCUGCCCCUCCUGGUGUACUACUAUGCCAUGGGGGACAACUGGCCCUUCAGCGYGGGCCUGUGUAAGAUAGUCCGCUUCUUGUUCUACACCAACCUGUAUUGCAGCAUCCUCUUCCUCCUCUGCAUCAGCAUCCAUCGAUUCCUGGGCAUCUGCUUCCCGCUGAAGUCCCUGCAGUGGGGGCACGUUCGCUAUGCCCGGAGAGUAUCGGUCAUCGUGUGGGUGGUCACCGUGGUGUGCCAGUCGCCCGUGCUCUUCUUCGUCACCACCAGCAUGAAGGGCAACAGUGUCACCUGCCACGACACGUCCAGGAAGGACCUCUUUGGCCAGUUUGUCAUCUACAGUUCAGUGAUGCUGGUGCUUCUCUUCUGCAUCCCCUUCCUCAUCAUCAUCGUGUGUUAUUGCCUAAUGGCUCGGAGGCUGCUGCAGCCCACACGCGGUAUCUCCCGCAGGUCCCAAUCCAAAAAGAAGUCAGUUAAGAUGAUAAUCAUCAUCCUGGUGGUCUUCAUCGUUUGCUUUCUUCCUUUUCACAUCACUCGUACCUUGUAUUACUCCUUCCGGAGCUGGGACUUAAGUUGUCAGACCCUCAAUGCUAUCAAUUUAGCCUAUAAGAUCACCAGGCCCCUAGCUAGCACCAACAGUUGCUUGGAUCCCAUUUUAUAUUUCUUAGCAGGACAAAGAUUUAUGAAGUUUGCAGGCAACAAAAAGCCAGGGAAAACCCAAAAUGAAACGGCCUUGGGAAUCAUGUCCAAUACUCACCUGAAAACCAGCAGUGACACUGAAACAAUAUCCAAGGAUGGGAAGUCUUAGCGCUUCUCCAUCACGUUAUGGUGAGUAGCUUGUUCCCAGUGGAAGAGUUUUUGCCAUGUGUGAAGGGAGUUGAUGAUACCUGGGGUCUCCUGAGGCCAUGUGGUCCAUGUUCAAUACACUGCUAUGCAAGCAGCUGUUUUGAACGUUUUUUUUAAGGAAGAAUUGCUGUGAUUGUACCAAGGAACUCCAUACCUGCAUCUCUUCUGGCAAGCCUGCCCGUCAGUGAACACCAAAUAGCACCUGCCCAACGGUGAACAUUGGUGACCUCUGUGAUGGUGGCAAAAUGUGCUGGAGAAUCAUGCCCUGAACAUUUAAAUUUUCUAAACCAGAAGAAUGCAAAAAGCCCCUGAAAACUGAAGAAAUAGAUUUGCCUUUCUCCAGUUUCCCUGGCACGCUGUUAGCAAAUGUUUAUCGGAARUCUUGUGCAUCUUGGCAAGGGAAGAAGGGCUUUCGAUUGAUGAGGAAUGUCAGCUGUGGUUUUAAUGAACAGGUCAAUAAAAAUAUCAAAUGCAAAUGCUGCCCACUGCAGGGAAGGAAUAACUUUUCCUACAUCUUUGACAGCCCUAAAGAGACGUUUCCCCAGCUUCUGCCUAUGCCUGGACAGGUCAGGAAGGGAUUUUGAGGACUCUUUCAAGGGCUGUUUUCCUGUUCAAGGGGCUGCUGAUGGAGUGAUACCCUCCAACCAAUGGUGACUUGCUGGUAUCAUCAUGUCCUCUGUAGCCUCUGCUAUGAAGAAGUGCGAUGGGGUAAAUGUCCUACUCACCAGAGACCUGCUAGUGCUUUGCUACUCAACAUCCACCUCUGAAAGGCUUUUAGCAAUCCAUAAUGUYAUCUCAGCUGCUGCCUUUAAUAAUCGUCUCCAGCUCAUUAAAACUUCCGGGAGCUGAGCUCUUUAUGCCUUGUUUUUAACUCUCUUGUGAAUGAUUCAUAUUUCCAGCAAAGGGGUCGUACCCUUGCUGACAGCAUGGGCCUCCCCUUGGAAAUUUGGCAGUGCUGAAUGCCAAGCUUAGGAGCCGUAGUGUGAAAUGUGGUGCUUAGGGAGCACCAUGUCCACACCACGUCCACCCUCUGUGUGGUUUAACUCCUAUUGGAGCAUCAUUGAGCAGGGAAGUGACCCUGUGCCUGUGUAUAGUCCUAGACUUCUUCUCCAGCCUUUACUGUGGUGGCUCUCUUGGCCAUGCUGAUCCUUAAGAAAUGGGAAAGGGGAGGAAAACUUCAAAUAGUUUGCAAAUGGCUUGUGUCUCCUUCACAUGGAGAUGCCCUCUGGGAUGUUCUUUGGGAUGGACAGCACCAUCCGAGCAAAACCAGCCACUUUUGUUCUGAUCUUUUCUGAUCAGCUUUCUAGACAUUGAGUUGACCUGCCUCAUGCCAGUCCUGGCUGGAUCUGGCCUUGCAUCCCUCAAUCAGUCAGGACAGUUCAAAGUAGGCUAGUGAAAAUACCCACAGAACAAUUCACUAGAUGAUCCGCUCGGUCUUUCUCCCUGUAAUUGCUGGGUUUAAGAGCAGAGAGCCCAGGCACGUGGUUUCCUUGCCUGACCUUGCUGUUUACUCACCCCAAAAUGGGAAUUGUUUGUCCUGCAGAGCUGGACUAGUCCUAUUUUGUGAACGCAGCCACGAGUCUAUUUUAGGGGUAGACAUUAGAUACAUUAGAUACAUUUGAUCCUAGUUCAAAACCAAUUGCUCAGACCGAAAAAGAGUUUUGUCCCUUUCCUCCUUCUUCUAAACAUGAGUUUGUGGCUUGCUGGAGAUAACGACGUGGCGCCACGUAUCCAGCCACGUAGAGCCAGGGCGCCUAGGACCCCACAGAGAUAACUGUGAGGUUCCUGUGGUCCUGCUCACUGGA